AUAAUCAUUGAUAAAUUGGAGCAGUUUACCUGGCGAUAGUUCGACCACACGGGAACGGGAUACGGACACAGAGAGGCUCAAAACUGCCGCGGCGACAGAUCACCAGUCACAGGAUAGGUAUUCGGACUUUUAAGAAUCGACUUUAGAACAUACUGGGGCUGUUUUGGAUUUAGAGGGAAAACAAUAUCAGGUCACAACUACAAGAUACAAUGCGGAAAUCCCAAAACGUAUUACUUCUGUUCGCCGGCCUGUUCUGUUUAUAUGCAAGUGUGGCGUCGGAGAACAAAGCGUUCGAAGUCAAUGGCGACAGAUUAUCAGACAGUGUGGCCGACGAAAGCAAAUUGACAGAAAUCAAUAGUGGCCAGAAAAGAGCAAGUUGGCUCGAUUUCAAACGAAAUGGUGGUCGGGAAUAUGAUGAAAGUGACAACGCAAAUCAAGACGAGGCAAAGCGGGCAAGCUGGUUGGACUUCAAACGUGACGACGCUGCAAAGAAGCGAGCAAGUUGGUUGGACUUUAAACGGGGAAACACCGGCGACUUGAAGCCCUGGUUAGAAAACAAAAGAGCAAGUUGGUUGGAUUUCAAGAAGCGGGCGAGUUGGUUGGACUUCAAACGCACACACGGAAACACAGAUGCUAGCAAUGACAAACGUGCUUCUUGGUUGGAUUUCAAGCGGGCUGUAGACAAGAAGGCCUCUUGGUUGGACUUUAAGAGGAAUACUGACAAAAAGGCAUCUUGGCUCGAUUUUAAGCGCGACAACGACAAAAGGGCAUCGUGGUUAGAUUUCAAACGGAAUGGCGCUUCUCCUGACGACAAGAGGGCCUCUUGGUUAGACUUCAAGCGGGCGCUGGGUUCGUGGAUCGAAGCCAAGCAGACACAUAAGCGAGGCAAUGACAACCCCAUGGAUCCAGAGACAAUAAAAGUAAUUCGAGAGAUGUUAUUGAAGGACAAAUCAGAGUUAACGCCGUCCAUGCGCGAGAAUCUUUUGUCGGCUUUUGCGAAGGACACCCAAAAGUAGAGGUGGCCACUAGAUGUCGCUAGGAUGCGGACGAACAAUAUUGUCAAUCAGAUGCGGAGGAAACGGGCUAGAGGAACGGACAAAAUCAUUAUUUAUUAAUUUCUUUGAAAAGCCGUGGGAUUCGUACGAGACUUCGGGGUGAUUCAAAGCCAACAGACGAGAACUUUUAACUGCGCAUGCGUGAAUUAUCUCAAACUAUCUGGUGACUAACAAUGAAAUGUUACGUUUUGUGUAUCGAUGUCAUUCAUACCUACCCGAUCGCAUCAGACCACUCAAGCUUGUUAAAGUUACAAAUAAUGCAGGCCAAUAUUAACAUUACGUUAUUGUUUACAGCAGAUUGAGCUACAAUGUAUCUACCAACUUUGCACAAACAAUUUUACGCGUAUAUAUAUCUAUUCGUGGAAUGACACUGCUUUGCAACAUGCCUCAGUCAUAAUUAACAGUAAACUGUAAUUGUUGUCUUUCUAUAGUGAAUGUGCUGUAAUUGUUUUUACUCCAAACCCGAGAAGUUUGCAUAAUAGCACCCAACCAUUGUGAUACCCGCUCCAAUUUAAUGCAAGAUAGUUUUUGAAAAAACCGCAACAGGGGUUUUCAUGAAACAAUAUUUUGAACAUUUUUCAAAUAUACUGGAAGAGUAACAACAUUCUUGGUGGCUUUACCAGUCUAUACAAUUAUAUGGAUUUCUACGAAAAAGGAACUUUUUUCAAGACGUACGUUUUUUUCAAACAUUUCUUGAUUGAAAUUGGAAUUGCGGUUAUGAGUUUCUGCAUUUUUUUUUGCUGAUAGCAAACAUUGAUACACGCCUGUGAUUUAUCUAUACCUAGUUGCAACAGCACAAAC